CACGCAGUGCGCACCAGACAUCUGGGAUCCAGUUACUAACUUAGCCGACGCCGGACCACGUGACUCAGGUCCUCCUCAUUUUAAAAGAGCUGCUACCCUGCAAUUGCCCCCAGAGCUUCCAAAAGGUGGUAAAUGCUCCCCCCCCGUGCCAGAUGACCCUCUUUCGCAACUUUUGCACCUUCUGUGUGAGAGGGACAACUACGGAAGAGCGCGGCGCGACACAAAAGUGACUUUGCCAACCUGUUGAUGGUGCGCUGGAUCGAGUCCUUUGAGUUGCAAUCACAUUUCUGCUCUGAUAAGUCGGCGCGCAUCCCUCAGAGGAGCCUGAUCGGUAUUAUUUUCCGUCUUGGAGCUGCUGACCAAGGAUGGACCACAGGAGCGCUUUUCACGCCUCUGUUUUGCUGGCUUGUGUGAUAAUCUGCAGUAACGUGCUAUGUCCAGGCGAUGCCUUUCUCUACAACAACCGCUACGCAGGUGAUCAAGUCUUCAGGAUAACUCCAAGUAGUGAUGAGGAAGUCCAAGUGCUCAAGAAAAUUCUGGGACAUAUGAAGGUGGACUUCUGGCAGCCCAACAGCGUUACUCUAAUCUGUCAAAAUGCCACUGUGGACGUCCAUGUGAAACGCAAUGACACGCGAAGUUUACGUGCACGCUUGAAGCAGAAACAUAUUGAUUAUCGGGUGUUUAUCUCCAAUCUACAGAAGGAAAUUGAAAAGCAGACGGGGUAUCGGUCCUCUCGCAAGCGGAGGUCAGAGUCUCAGUAUGACUACGAGGUUUACCACUCUCUGGAAGAGAUCCAGAGCUGGAUGUUUGAGAUGAACAGAACCCACUCCGACCUGGUUGACAUGUUCUCCAUCGGGAAGUCGUACGAAGGAAGACCACUUUAUGUGCUUCAGAUAGGAAAGAGAAGUCGUCAUCACAAGAAAGCCGUGUGGAUUGACUGUGGCGUCCAUGCCAGAGAGUGGAUAGGACCUGCCUUCUGCCAGUGGUUUGUCAAAGAGGCCAUCAACUCGUACCAGUACGACUCUGUGAUGAGACGACUGCUUAACCAGCUCAGCUUCUACAUCAUGCCGGUCUUCAAUGUGGAUGGAUACCAUUUCAGCUGGACUUCGGAUCGGUUCUGGAGGAAAACACGGUCCAAAAAUCACAAGUUCCACUGCCGGGGAGUGGACGCCAACAGGAACUGGAAAGUGAAAUGGUGUGAGGAGGGGGCCUCCUCUCACCCCUGUGAUGACACCUACUGCGGCCCUUUCCCCGAGUCUGAGCCAGAAGUCAAGGCCGUUGCCAAGUUCUUGCGCAAGCACAAGAAACGUGUCAAAGCAUACAUCUCCAUCCACGCCUACGCCCAAAUGCUACUUUACCCCUAUUCCUACAAGUACGCCGCCAUCCCCAACUUCAACUGCGUGGAGUCAGCAGCUCAUAAUGCAGUGACAGCCCUGUACUCUGCCUAUGGAGUGAGGUACAGAUAUGGACCUGCCUCCACAACUCUGUAUGUGAGCUCGGGCAGCUCUAUAGACUGGGCCUACAGGAACGGGAUCCCGUACGCGUUUGCCUUUGAGUUAAGGGACACGGGAUACUUCGGCUUCCUCCUGCCCGAAUCCCUGAUCAACCCGACAUGCACUGAGACUAUGAGGGCAGUGAAGGCCAUUGCAUCAGGUCUGCUGAAGAAGUGUGAGACGGACAGGGACAGAUUUCCAUAUAUAUGACCUCACUGCAGCUCCACCCUCACAGUGACUUAUCUCAACACCUUCUAUUCCUCUGGGGCUUUAAUAUUCCUCCCAGAUAUUAUCAGAGGAUGAGCUGACAAGGACCAGCAAAGCAUGAAUUUUAAUUUGCUUUUCUUGUUUUUGAGGUUGUUCGCCUUAUUUUUCAUUGAACUGUUGGUGGUGGGGGGGUCUUGUUUUGUGCCAAUAAGUGAGAAUCCUCUCAGUGACCAGCCUAUUUAUAUGCAAUAAGAUCCGACAUACAAGAUCAGAGGGCUUUUUGCUGGUCAUUGUGUGUCCUAUGCAAUCCCAGUGUCCUGAGCCUGAAUCCAGCUUGGGAAUAAUGUAGACCUUUUCAUAAUAUAAGCUUGUUCCAGUGAAGUGGCACUUGUCAUGACAAAGCAGCACUUUCCUUUUUUUUUGUUCAAUAGAAAAAAGGAAACAGCUAAGAUUAUAAUGUCCUCAGCAAAAUGUGUUAUGUUAAGCAAACUUUCCACCAAAAUGAACUUAAACAUAAACUUUUUCUAUGUUUUUAUCCUGGUUGCUUCUUAUUAUUGUAUUAUUAUAAGUCCUACCAAGUUUAGAUAUUCAACUAUAGCCUAAAAUUAAUGUAUUAAUGCCUUUAUUACUGCAACACUGUUGGCAUACACAAUAUGCCAUCACAUGACAAUCUUUGGUUUGUUUUAAAUUGAGAUUUUUAUUAUUAUUAUUAUUAUUUUAAUUUCAACUGAAAUUUGGAAAAAUGACCUGUCACUCCAGUAGCUCACUGUGUCACUGUGUUACUCAGGUAUGGAUGAAUGACAGAGUCAGAAAUGUUUACUUUUCACAGCUCAAUAUGAGAUUCUAUUAAUGCCCGACUUGAAUAAAUGUUGCUGCAUAUCACAGUAAAUGCUCAGUAAAUUUUUACACCUCUUCUUGUCA